UGUGUGUAUCUCUCUCUCUGUCUCUCGCUGUGUGUAUGUGUCUUUCUGUGUCUCCCUGUGUGUGUGUCUCAUUCGGUCCCUCACUCACUGUCACUGUGUCCUCAUGUCUCUCUUUCUAUUUCCAUCUUCCUGUCCAACUCUGUUUCUCUCAAUCGCUCUCUCUCAUUCUCUUUCUGUCUCUCUCUGUCUCACCCUGUCUCUUUCUAUCACUCUCUCGCUUUCUCUCACCCAGUCUCUGUCACUGUCUCUGUGUCUCAGUCUCUGUCUCUCUCUGUCACUCUCUCUCUCACCCAGUCUCUGUCACUGUCUCUGUGUCUCAGUCUCUGUCUCUCUCUGUCACUCUCUCUCUCUCACCCAGUCUCUGUCACUAUCUCUCAGUCUCUGUCUCUCUCUGUCACUCUCCCUCUCUCACCCACUCUCUGUCACUGUCUCUAUGUCUCUGUGUCUCUCUCUCUCUGACCCAGUCUCUGUCACUUUCUCUGUGUCUCUCUCACUCUCUCUGUCACUGUCUCUGUGUCUCAGUCUCUCUCUGUCACUCUCUCUCUGACCCAGUCCCUGUCUCUGUGUCUCUCUGUCACUCUCUCUCUCACCCACUCUCUGUCACUGUCUCUGUCUCUGUGUCUCAAUCUCUCUCUGUUACUCUCUCUCUGACCCAGUCCGUGUCUCUCUGUCACUCUCUCUCUCACCCAGUCUCUGUCUCUGUCACUCUCUCUCUGACCCAGUCUCUGUCUCUGUCACUCUCUCUCUGACCCAGUCUCUGUCUCUGUCACUCUCUCUGUCUCUGUCUCUCUCUGGGUUGAAACAGUAUGAAGUUGUCCUGUUCCCUAUUGGCCAGUGAAUCCUCCCCAAAAACAGAUUUGUGGGUGUGCGGGGGAAUGUCAUUAUCAGAUUGAAAAAUCAGGGCGGGUUACACCCCCCCCCCCCCCCCCCAGACAGACACAGAGACACAGAGAGAGAGAGAGAGAGAGACGCGGCAGAGCGGGGAGCGCGGAGACCGGCGGAUUUAGCGGCGGAUUUAGCGGAGAAGUUGCGCCGCUCCAGGAUCGCGGCUGGCGGCUGCUGAAGGCGGAGGCUAUUGGAGACUCCAUCCCAGCCCGGAGCAGCUGGGAAUCUGGGAAUCUGCCGGAGAGAGGGAGCCAGAGGGCUGUCACAAUGCCACGAUCAUUUCUGGUGAAGAUAAAGAAGACUUACCAUCAGGUUCGUCCCACCGAUGAUGAAGUGUUUCUCAAACUGGAGCCAGCACCAUCGCCUCCUGUUGAUUCACCUUCUUGGUCUCCGGGACACCGUGUAGAACCCAAGGCUGGGGUGAAAGGUCGUGACACCCAGCCUGGGUGGGAGGAGCUUCCAUGGGAGAACAGCACAGCCAAUGAGAGGACAUCUCGAUGUCACAUGACCAAGGACACCACCUACACCUUCUCUUCAGAGUCAGCCUCUCUCCCCCCAAGCUCAGCCAGUGAUGAAGAUUGCAUACUGUCCCCAGUCUCCAGGCCUGGCUUCCCUUGGGAGCGAUUCCAGAAUGUGUAUGACCUGUGCCACCUCUCCUCCAGCUUUUCCUCCCCUCUCCUGAUGGAUAAAGCUGAUUUGUACGGAGCCCGUGUUUCGGGACCCUUGGAGAUGGACCAACCGAUCGACUACAGCACCCACUACAGCUCAGCGUCCAGCUCCUACAACUGCAUCAAGUGUAACAAGGUAUUCUCCACCGCCCAUGGUCUUGAGGUCCAUGUCAGGAGGUCACACAGUGGGAUUCGGCCUUAUGCCUGUGAGCUGUGUGGGAAGACGUUUGGUCAUGGAGUCAGUCUGGAGCAGCACAUGAACAUUCACUCACAGGAAAGAAUCUUUGAAUGUAAAAUGUGUGGGAAAAGCUUUAAGAGAUCAUCUACAUUGUCCACCCACCUCCUGAUCCACUCGGACACCCGGCCGUAUCCAUGUCAAUACUGUGGGAAACGAUUCCACCAGAAAUCUGACAUGAAGAAGCACACAUACAUCCACACAGGAGAGAAGCCUCACAAGUGCCAGGUGUGUGGGAAAUCCUUCAGCCAAAGCUCCAACCUCAUCACCCACAGCCGCAAACAUUCAGGCUUCAAACCUUUCGGCUGUGAACUCUGCACCAAAGGCUUUCAGCGCAAGGUGGACCUCCGGCGCCAUAGGGAGACCCAGCACGGGAUGAAGGUGUAGGAGCGAGCGGUCAUCCCGCAUGGGCCGGAGUGGGCAGACGUACAGUCAACUGGCCAUGCCCUCUCCCCCCCUCCCCCCAUGUUCCCUCCCCCCUGUGUGCCCCAUCUCCCCCGUGUGUCCUCUCCCCGUGUGUCCUCUCCCCGUGUGCCCUCCUCACGUGUGUCCUCUCCCCGUGUGCCCUCUCCCCGUGUGCCCUCCUCACGUGUGUCCUCUCCCCGUGUGUCCUCUCCCCGUGUGUCCUCUCCCCGUGUGCCCUCUCCCCGUGUGUCCUCUCCCCGUGUGCCCUCUCCCCGUGUGUCCUCUCCCCGUGUGCCCUCCUCACGUGUGUCCUCUCCCCGUGUGUCCUCUCCCCGUGUGUCCUCUCCCCGUGUGCCCUCUCCCCGUGUGUCCUCUCCCCGUGUGUCCUCUCCCUGUAUGCCCUCUCCCCCCGUGUGCCCUCCCCCGUGUGCCCUCCCCAUGUGUCCUCUCUCCCGUGUGCCCUCUCCCCACGUGUGCCCUCUCCCCGUGUGUCCUCUCCCCCCACGUGUAUCCUCUCCCCGUGUACCCUCUCCCCGUGUGUCCUCUCCCCGUGUGUCCUCUCCCCGUGUGUCCUCUCCCCGUGUGUCCUCUCCCCGUGUGCCCUCUCCCCGUGUGUCCUCUCCCCGUGUGCCCUCCUCACGUGUGUCCUCUCCCCGUGUGCCCUCUCCCCCCGUGAGACCUCCUCCCUCCCCUCCCUCCUUGCCGGGUGCCGUCCCUCCUAACUCUGACAGCUGCAGGGGGCAGUGACACUCGGGGUAUUAUACAGGGCACAGGGUGUUGGGGGUGGGAGGGUGGUAGACAAUGGUGUCGUGCUCAUGUCCCUGGGUUGGUAUUCCAUGACUGAUGUCCAAACCCGGCUUCAAGUCCCACCGCCGUCACCACCAGCUGGUGGGAUAUAAACCCGCCUGAUGAUCAUCUCCAUAACAGCAUUGAUUGUUGGUGAACCCCCAUCGCUGAUUCGUCGAUGCUGUUCAGGAAGGGAAAUCUGCCGUCCUCACUCAGCCUGGCCUGCACGUGACUCCAAAACCACAGCAAUGGGGUCAACUCUUUAAUGGCCCUUUGGAAUGUUCUGGAGAGCCACUCUGUUUCAGGGCAAUUAGGGGUUUGACCACAAAUACUGGAACAUCUGAUCCCUCUGUGCUGUCAUUACUCCAGAGGUGGUCUGUGUGAUUUCGGAGUCAAUGUCGAUGUCAUAGAGUCAUAGAGAUGUACAGCACGGAAACAGACCCUUCACUCCCACUCAUCCAUUAUGACCAGACAUCUGAAAUAACUCUAGUCCCAUUUGCCAGCACUUGACCCAUAUCCCUCUAAACCCUUCCUAUUAUCCUUGAUUAUCCGAAAGUCAAUUAUCCGAAUAAGUCUGAAUGUUGCCAAUUCUUGGCUAAACUGUGUUAUCUGGCAUCCGAUUAUCCGAACAUUCAAUUAUCUUGACAAAAUACUCUCCACCCAUGUCGUUCGGACAAUCAAGGCUCCUCUGUACCCAUCCAGAUGCCUUUUAAAUUUUGCAAUUGUACCAGCCUCGAUCACUUCCUCUGGCAGCUCAUUCCAUACACACACCACCCUCUGCGUGAAAAAGAUGCCCCUUAAGUCCUUUUUAAAUCUUCCUCCCACCACCCUAAAUCUAUGCCCUCUAGUUCUGGACUUCCCCACUCCAGGAAAAAAGUCCUUGUCUAUUCACCAUAUCCAAGCCCCUCAUGAUUUUAUAAUCCUCUAUAAGGUCAUCCCUCAGCCUCCGACGCUCCAGGGAAAACAGCCCCGGGCCUGUUCAGCCUAUCCCUAUAGUUUAAACCCUCCAACUCUCCCAACAUCGUUGUAAAUCUUAACUGAACCCUUUCAAGUUUCACAACAUCCUUCUGAUAGGAUGGAGACCAGAAUUGCACACAAUAUUCCAACAGUGGCCUAAGCAAUGUCAUCAGAAAUCCCCUGUUACCGCCAAAAUGGAGCAGGCUCAUCACUCUCAGGCUAUCACUCUCCUCUCUAACCUCACAACCUCUGUCAGUGCCUAAAAUCCUUCAGCAACUCCACAAUUAGUGAGUUUUGAGAAGAUUUGUAGCUCAGGUUGAGGUUCUGGAUGUAGGUUUGUUCGCUGAGCUGGAAGGUUCAUUUUCAAACGUUUCGUCACCAUACU